AUUCAAGUGUUACUGCACUAUAUGCUGCAGUAGUCAGCAUAUCUUCAUAUCUAGACCUGAGUAUAUGUAACUCUUUUGGCGUUGCCAAUUUAUUUUCUUUGUUCUUGGAUAUAAAUGACUGAUUGCCAAAUGGUUUCUUCAGAUUUUACAGCAGAUGAGAAGAUGGAGAUUGAGAACAUUAAGACCCAUAAGAAAGACCUUCUGGAUGAUAUCCAGAAGUUAAAGAUGGAGAUAGACAACGUCAUGGCGGAAAUACUCAGCUUCGAAUCUGCAGAGGAAAACAAGACCUUAGAGAAGAGCAAACGGUUCUCAAAUGGAAAGAAGAAAUUCAACAUGGACCCCAAGCAGGGCAUGAAUUACCUGGUAGAGAAUAAUUUGCUGGCUGGAAGCGCUCAAUCCAUCGCUGAGUUCCUCUACAAGGAGGAGGGGCUUAACAAGACAGCCAUUGGAGAAUUUCUUGGAGAAAGAGAGGAGCUCCACCUCCAGACCCUGAAGGCCUUUGUGGAGCUGCAUGAAUUUUCCGACCUCAACCUGGUCCAAGCCCUCAGACAGUUCCUGUGGAGUUUCCGUCUGCCUGGUGAAGCCCAGAAGAUCGACCGUAUGAUGGAGGCUUUCGCCACACGCUACUGUGACUGCAACACUCAGGUCUUCCAGUCAACUGACACUUGCUACAUCCUGUCAUUCGCCAUCAUCAUGCUCAACACCAGCCUCCACAACCCCAAUGUGAAGGACAAGACGACUCUGGAGCGUUUCAUCUCCAUGAACAGAGGCAUCAACAACGGCGGGAAUCUACCUGAUGACCUGCUCUCGAAACUGUACGAGAGUAUUCGCAACGAGCCUUUCAAAAUCCCAGAAGAUGAUGGCAAUGAUCUCACACACACCUUCUUCAACCCUGACAGAGAAGGCUGGCUGCUCAAGCUUGGAGGUCGGGUUAAGACGUGGAAGAGGAGAUGGUUCAUCCUGACUGACAACUGCCUCUACUACUUUGAGUUCACCACUGAUAAGGAGCCCAGAGGCAUCAUCCCCUUAGAGAACCUUUGUGUGAGAGAAGUUCCAUAUCCUCGCAAACCGUACUGUCUGGAGCUGUACAACCCCAACAGUCGAGGGCAGAAGAUCAAAGCGUGUAAAACGGAGACGGAUGGUAGAGUGGUGGAGGGGAAGCACCAGUCUUACACCAUCUGUGCUGCCAGCGCUGAGGAGAGAGACUCCUGGAUCGAGGCCAUCAGAGCAAGUAUCACCAAGGAUCCUUUCUACGACUUGGUCUCCGUCCGUAAGAAGAAGGUCAUAAACCAAGCCCCUCAGGACUGAGCUGUCCAGCGCCCCCCAUGGACAUUUAUGGCACUGUGCCACAGCGGGAUUAAGUCCCCCUUUAAGUUGUAAAAAACACGCUACAACACAACUGAGCGAGGACGCUGAAGACGAGACACCGGCGGUGGUCAUUCAGGCUAAAAGAGGGACUUCUCUUUCCACUUCUCUUUUUCCAGACUGGACUAAACUAAGUCAAAGGUGAAAACGUUGACUAAUUUUUCCUGCUCUCGUUGUCAGUCUGACAAGUAACGAAGAAUUUAUCGACAAUAAGGUGUUUUGUCAUUACAUGUUGUGGACCGAGCUUUGUGUAGGUAUUUUAACUUCUGUUUACAGAAUUUACAAAAAAAGUGGCAGUGUAUUUAUUGCAUUUUCUAUAUGCAUUUUUCGAUAAGUUGAUGUCUGCUCCACAUGACUUAGUUUGUAGGAUUAGAAAGACAAAUUAACCAUUUAAUGUCUCAGCAGUUCUACGUAUGCUAUAAAAAAGACAUUUCUCAGCUUCUUAAAAGUUCUGAUAAGGUUAAAAAAACUAGUAAAGUAACAGUAAACUGCUUUAGUCCUGCACGAGAGCGCUAAACUGUAUGCCACUGCUACAGUUGUGUCAUUUGAAGAUUACUGCUUAUGCGUCAAUCUGUAAAUACGCUACUUAUACAUCUGAAGACGAUGAUUGUGCUUCAUUUUGUAAAUAUAGAUCUAUUUUCAAGCAUUUUUUUUAAAGUACUUUAUACAGUGACAUAGAACACUUUGUCUAAUCAGACAAAGCCUGCAUUUGUUUAUGCUUCACCUACCUUUAUUAGCAUAGUACAUUAAGUGCAAUAUGCAUUCUGUCCGCUUUGAUUUAAUUACCAUGUGUAAACUGUAAGUAUUGUAUUUGUUAUUUUCUCACAUAUUAAUUAUUUAAUAAAAAGCAUU